AUGACCAUCUUCACCUCUUCAGCUUUCACGGUUCGAGGUUGGAUUCUUAUCACUAUAGAGCCCGUUACCGCCGAACCCGUUACCACUAAGCCCAUUACCGCUAAGCCCGUUACUAUUAAGCCCGGUGCCGCUAAGCCCGGUGCCGUUGAGCCCGGUGCCGCUAAGCCCGGUGCCGCUAAGCCUAGUACCGCUAAGCCCAUUACCGCUGAGCCCGUUACCAUUAAGCCCGUUACCGCUAAGCCUAUUACCGCUAAGCCCGGUACUACUAAGCCUAUUACUACUAAGCCUAUUACUACUGAGCCCUACGCGCAAGAACCAGCGCCUGCCUUCUUCUCAAUACUACCUUUAAAGCUACGGAAGUAA